GCCACUACAAGAAACAGCUUUUUCCUAUAAAAUUUUGGCCGGUAUUACGGGGUGAAAUCGCAAAACGAAAAAAAAUUUUUUAUUAAAGGAAUGCACCCCAGUGUUCACUCUGCCACUCUGGAUUUUCCUCGACGCUUGAAAAAAAUAAAUCCAAAAAAAACAAAGAAGUGGACGAAUCAAAUCACGAUAUUUGUUGGCGAUCGAAACAGUCACUGAAAUCGUACACUGGAAAAUUCCAAAGCUUUGACUGUUGGUAAACAGCCUAAACUUCUCGGUGAAGUUUUUAUAAGUUAUUAAUUAAAUAAUCCUAUAAUGAAAAAACAAAUUUAUAUAUGCUUGGCUCUUUUUUGCUUAACUGGUCUAGAAGCAGUGAGAGCUGAUAGUAGUAAAGUAGAAACGGAAUUUGGCAAAGUAGAACUUGGUCAUGGUAUCAGUCGUGAAGCUUUGAGAACUGAUGCCGAUGUUGUUGAUCGCGAAGCUGAGGCAAUUUCUUUCGAUAACUCGAAUUCACAACGUCAUAAAAAUGCUGAAAAGUUUACAUUUCAGACAGAAGUCAAUCGUAUGAUGAAACUCAUUAUAAAUUCUCUAUACAGAAAUAAAGAAAUAUUUUUGAGAGAAUUGAUAUCAAAUGCAUCUGAUGCUCUUGAUAAAAUUCGUUUACUAUCUCUUACUCAAAGUUCUUUGAGGGAGACCAAUCCUGAAAAUUCUAUUCGUAUAAAAGCAGAUGUUGAAAACAAGAUACUCCAUAUUAGUGACAGUGGUGUUGGUAUGACAAAACAAGAUUUGAUUAAUAAUCUGGGUACUAUUGCCAAAUCUGGUACUGCUGAAUUUUUAGGAAAAUUGCAAGAAUCAGGAAGUAAUCAAGAUGCAAAUGAUAUGAUUGGUCAAUUUGGUGUUGGAUUUUAUUCUGGCUUUUUAGUUGCUAAUAAAAUUGUUGUUACAUCAAAACACAAUGAUGAUAAACAGCAUAUUUGGGAAUCAGAUAGUAGCAGUUAUAGUAUUGUUGAAGAUCCACGUGGUGAUACACUCAAACGAGGCACAACUAUAAGUCUUUAUUUGAAAGAUGAAGCUUCCGAUUUUCUUGAACAAGAUACAAUUAAAAAUCUUAUAAAAAAAUACUCUCAGUUUAUUAAUUUCCCAAUUUAUCUUUGGAGCAGCAAAACAAUUCAAGUUGAAGACAUUGAAGAUGAUGUAUCAAAUUCAGAGACGAAAAAAGAGGAACAUCAUGAUGAUAUUACAGAUAAUGAUGAAGAAAAAGCAGAUAAUGAAGAAGUAGAAGUUGAGGAAGCACCUAAAGAAAAUGAAGAAAAACAAAAGAAAAUGGUUGAUAAAACAGUUUGGGAUUGGGAAGUUCUUAAUGAUUCAAAACCAAUUUGGACAUUAAAACCAAUUGAUGUUGAUGAAAAAGAUUACAAUGAAUUUUAUCGUGCAAUAACAAAAGACACUCAGGAUCCAUUGGCUAAAGUACAUUUUGUUGCCGAAGGAGAAGUAUCAUUUAAAGCACUUCUUUAUGUUCCAAAAGUUCAACCAGGUGAUAGUUUUAAUCGUUAUGGUACAAAAGCUGAUAAUAUUAAAUUAUUUGUACGACGUGUAUUUAUUACUGAUCAAAUAAAUGACAUGAUGCCAAGUUAUUUAUCAUUUAUUCGUGGUAUUGUUGAUUCUGACGAUCUUCCAUUAAAUGUUUCUCGGGAAAAUCUUCAACAACAUAAACUAAUUAAAGUUAUUAAAAAAAAACUUAUUCGUAAAGUACUUGAUAUGAUUAAAAAAAUAUCAAAAGAAGAGUAUGAAAAUUUUUGGAAAGAAUACAGUACAAAUAUUAAACUUGGUGUUAUUGAAGAUGCACAAAAUCGUGCAAGAUUAGCAAAACUUUUACAAUUUAAAUCAUCAAAAGAAAAUCUUACAAAUCUUGUUGAUUAUGUUGAACGUAUGAAAAAAGAUCAAAAAGCUAUAUUUUACAUUGCUGGUUCAAAUGAUGAUGAAGUUAAAAAUUCACCAUUUGUUGAAAGACUUACAAAAAAAGGAUAUGAAGUACUUUAUUUAACUGAAGCUGUUGAUGAAUAUGCAAUAUCAGCAAUACCAAUGUUUGAAGAUAAAAAAUUCCAAAAUGUUGCUAAGGAAGGAUUUACUUUGGAUGACAGUGAUAAAGCCAAAAAAAAAAAGAAAGCACUUGAAACAAGAUUUGAACCACUUAUUAAAUGGUUGGGAGAUAAAUUAUCUGAAUAUAUUAGUAAAGCACAAGUAUCUGAAAGACUUACUGAAUCACCUUGUGCCUUGGUUGCUUCAAUGUUCGGUUGGACUGGUAAUAUGGAACGUUUAGCCAUAUCAAAUGCUCAUCAAAAAGCUGAUGAUCCACAAAAAUCAUAUUAUUUAAAUCAAAAAAAAACUCUUGAAAUUAAUCCAAGACAUCCACUGAUAAAGGAAUUAUUGAGACGUGUUGAUGCAAAUCCAGAAGAUAAAAGUGCCAGAGAAAUUGCCACUAUGAUGUUUAAAACUGCAACUCUCAGAUCUGGUUAUAUGCUUCAAGAAACAGCAUCAUUUGCUGAAAGUGUUGAGUUACUCAUGAGAAAAACACUAGGAAUUCCAGUUGAUGAACAAGCUGAAGAAGAAGAUGAUGAUGAUGACGACGAUGAAAUUCAAGAUGAGUCAACGGAAAAUCAAGACUCGACACUAAUUGAUGAGAAUGAUGACAAAGAACAGACAGAUGAUCAUGAUGAGCUUUAAAUUUCAUCUUUUACAAAAAUCGUAAUAUAUAUAUAUGAAUUUAAAACUAAAAACACCAGACUGAUUUUUUUUUCAACUUAGUUAUUUGUCUAUUUCAAUCUUUUCAAUGUGAAAAGAGAUUUUAUAUUUUUUCAACUUUUAAAAAAAUAAAAACAUGAGUGUAUGGAUUGUAUUUGAGUAAAAUGAAAUAUUUGAAAAAAAUAAAUUAUCAAUAAAAUUUACUGUAAAUAUUUAUAUUUUAACUCUUUAUAAUAAAUUACCUUUGCAAUUA